AUGGCAUUUGUCAGUGCAGUUACGGGUGACGACUGUACUAAAAAGUUCAUGGAAGUUUUACAAAAUGACUUCAAGACUUUGAGUUUGGAGACCAAGAAGAAAUAUCCUCAGAUAAGAGAGGCUUGUGAUGAAGCUAUAGAGAAGUUAUCUCUAGCCUCAAAUAAUCCGCAAGCAUCGCUUUAUGGAGUUGUUAACCAAAUAUUGUAUCCUCUAGUGCAAGGAUGUGAAUCUAAAGAUCUUAAGAUUAUUAAGUUCUGUUUGGGGACUAUCCAGCGUUUGAUAGCUCAACAAGGCAUAGACGCAAAAGGGGCGCGUCAUGUGGUGGACUGCUUGUAUAACCUUGGCCAAGCUGGAGUGCUGGAGCUGAAGCUACUACAGACGGCUGCAUUGUUGAUGACCACUUCAGACUUGGUGCAUGGCGAUACCUUAGCACGAACGAUGGUGCUAUGCAUGCGCAUGGUGCCGGUGAGCGAGAGUCGCGACGUGAGCACGAGUCACGCGGCCGCGGCUACAGUGCGACAACUCGCCGCGCUUGUGUUCGAACGCGCGCUCGCUGAAGCCGACGGGACAUUAAAAGUAAACCCGGCGGACAUACGCCCUCAAACUAACAGCAAAGCGCCGAAAGAUUUGAAACCGUGCGCAGUGGAUGCGUAUUUAAUUUUACAGGAUAUAAUUCAAUUAAUAAACGGAGAUUCGGCUCACUGGUUAGUUGGAAUUUCGGAAGUGCCAAAGACUUUUGGGUUGGAAUUGUUGGAUACAGUGUUGACUGAUUUCUCGCCAAUUUUCUUCAAGAUACCUGAAUUUCGUUUUCUGCUGAAGGAGCACGUUUGCGCCUUGAUAAUAAGACUGUUUUCGCCAAAUGUUAAAUAUAGAGCUGCGUUCACGUCCCCGCAUAUACCGGGGGCAGGCGGGCCCCCCUCGGGCCCGGGGUCGGGGGCGGGGCCCGCCGGGGGGGCGGCGGAGCGCCCGCACUUCCCCGUCACCAUGCGCCUCCUGAGGCUGGUCUCCAUCAUCAUACACAAGUACCACGCAGUACUGGUAACAGAAUGCGAGAUCUUCCUGUCUUUGACCAUAAAGUUCUUGGACCCGGACAAACCGCUAUGGCAGAGGGCGCUGGCGUUGGAAGUUCUACACAAGAUGACUAUACAGCCUAAGUUGCUACAAUCGUUCUGCGAGUGCUACGACAUGCGUCCACAUGCCACCAACAUAUUCCAGGACGUUGUCAACGCGCUGGGUGCUUAUGUACAGAGUUUGUUCGUCGCAUCACAAGUCAAUACUCCGGCUGGCGCGUCAGGUAUACCGCAGCAGUCAGGCUUCUAUUGGAAGGGGGUGUGGCUGCCAUUAUGUGUCACCUUCGAACCGGGCACUGCGAAGUCGGUUUAUAUAGAAAUGUUGGACCGCAACGAGGCGCCGACGAUUCAGGACGGUUACGGGAUUUCGGUGGCGUACGCUUGCCUCAUGGAGAUCAUUCGGUCCAUAGCAAUCACUGUCGAGGGGCAGGAAUACUUCAGGCUGCAGGAGCUAUACGAGGAUGGACAGAACGAGACUGAUGAUAAAGAAGUAAACUCGAAUAAAAACGGUGUUAGUCAGAAAGACUCGGAGAAAAAGACUGAAAAUAGUGAAAUAACAAAUAAUGGCCACAACGGCGAAGCGGAUCAGAAUUCAAAUGUCGUUCAGAAAAUUGACGAAGAGCAAGACAAGGAGAUGCAGCUGAAACUACAGCUGUUAAAAUCGUCAUGGUGCGGUCUGGUGUGGGGUUUGUCUGUACUUGCUGAGGCUAGUAUCGGCGAGCUGGAGAAUAUACUGCGAGCUAUACAGACCUUGGCUAGAGUCAGCGGGAAGGUAGGGCACGCGGUAGGUCGUGACGCGUGCAUAAGCGCGUUGUGUCGCGCGGCGUUGCCCGCCCAGUACUGCGUGCCCGCGCUGGGGGCGCUCCCCUGCCCCUGGAGGCGGGAGCCCCCGCCCCCGCCCGACCCCGACUACCGGCACCAGGUCGUGUGGGUGGGGACUCCGCUGCCCUCCGCCUCGCUACCCACAGGUCAGCAGCAGUCGUUCGUGAUGGUGACGUCACGGCACGUCACCGCCAUGAAGGCGUUACUCUGCGCCGCGCAACGAGACGGCGACACUAUACAGCAAGCGUGGUUACCCGUACUCACGACAUUGCAACACUUGGUGUGGAUCUUGGGCUUGAAGCCUUCAACCGGUGGCAGCAUGAAGGCGAGUCGUUCUAGCGCCGAUGCAAAUGCCGUGAUGAGCACUUCCGCUGUCAUGGCCGACUUGCCCGGUCAGCAAAUUCCUGUGGCCGAGUCUCUCGGAGUCAUGAGCGCUCUCUCGGCGAUGUUGUCCCGAGUGUUCGAAUCUUCCAAGAACCUGGAUGACGUGGCGCUGCAUCACCUCAUCGAUGCGCUCUGCAAACUUUCCAACGAGGCUAUGGAACUUGCCUACUCUAACAGGGAACCCUCCCUGUUUGCGGUGGCGAAGUUACUAGAAACAGGUUUGGCAAAUAUGCACAGGAUUGAAGUCAUGUGGAGACCUAUAACCAAUCAUCUGUUAGAAGUUUGCCAACACCCCCAUAUAAGGAUGCGGGAAUGGGGCGUUGAAGCAAUCACUUAUCUGGUGCAGGCAGCUUUCCAAUACCAUCAUAACAAUCCGCAUUUAGUUACAGAGGCACGUCAACGUCUCUUAUUAGAGCCUUUAUCGGAGCUAUGCGCUGUCAGACACGGCGACGUGCGGGCGCGGCAGUUAGAAUGUGCGGCCAGAUUACUGCACUCGCUGGGCGAUCAGCUGGGAGCCGCGUGGCCUCUCAUGAUGGAGAUUAUUUCCGCUAUUUCUACGCACCAUAGCGAGCAGCUCAUAAGGUCGGCGUUCCAAUGCGCACAAGUAGUAGCCGGAGAUUUGUUGGGAUGCGCUGGACCCCGAUGUUUAAGAAGAGUCCUUUCUGCCGCCGCCGCCUUCGCCUCGCAAACUAAGGAGUUGAAUAUAAGCCUAACCGCCGUUGGACUUAUGUGGAACAUAUCAGACUACCUCUACCACAACCGGGAUAAGCUGGUGGUGGCGUUGGCCAAAGACGCGGCCGUCUGUCCAGAGGUGCCGAACCACGCUGAACUGCCUCCCCUUGACAAACUAUGGAUGUGCCUUUACAUACGACUUAGUGAGUUAUGUACGGAACCCCGCGCGCCAGUCCGUCGCGCCGCCAGUCAGACGCUGUUCAGUUGUAUCGGCGCCCACGGAACCCUACUUAGCAAGCCCGCGUGGAGGGCACUCUUAGGGGUGCUAUUCCCAAUGUUGGGAGAGGUUCAAAAGCAAUCGAACAUAGCGAGUUCGGAAAAAGUGGAUACAGGCGAGCACAUACUAAUUCAUCACACCAGAAACACUGCCCAAAAACAGUGGGCAGAAACUCAGGUGUUAACGCUAUCCGGCGUGUCCCGAGUAUUCCACUCCCGCUUCCAGCUAUUGACAACAGUGGGGGACUUCAAUAGAUCCUGGGCGGCUCUUCUGGACUACAUUACCGACUUCGCGCUUAGAAGGAGUCAUGAGGUGUCUGUAGCCGCUUUGAAAUCGUUCCAAGAGGUAGUAAGCGCGGCCGGCAGGGCUUCGGAGUCUGCUGAAGUAAACAGCGCCCUCUACAGGAGAGUGUGGGCCUCCGCGUGGACUGCUUGGGGAAAUAUAGCCUCUGCCACUGGGAACCAAUCGCCUGUGACAGAGGAUGGCAAGCCGGUAGAGGCGUACGCACCUUCGUUGAACUUCUUAACGACGUUGGUGCAGAUCUUCCCACUAAUCUUCCAGCAUAUCAGACCCACUUUCACAGCAGCCGACGUACAGAAGCUGGGCGAGUGCCUCUCUAACGUUUGUCGGAUAGAACCGACCUCGUCGGCUUUAGACGGCAUCGGCACCGCCGCGCCGGUCAGCUUGCACGCGUUACACUGUCUCGAUACAGUUCACAAGGAAGCCCUAGUCCGUCACGAGCUGCUAGCGGGAAUGUUUUCCGCCCUCUCCCAGCUGGGCACCGCCUGCAGCCGCGCGCCGCCCGCCCCCGCGCGCUGCCUGGCCGCCGCCGCCGCCCUGUAUCGAGCCGUGCCCGUCCCGGCCAGUCCGCAUGUACCUGCAUUAUUACAGUCGUUACAUGCCGCGGUGCAGAAUUGCAACACAGACAAACGUCGACGGGCCAGCGAGGCUGCCGACGAGGGAAUGCAAAUAGCUUCCUUAUUAUUACAGGUAUUAGCAACAAGUCUCCCCCUAGCAAGGGAAGAGCCAGAGGGCUAUAAAGAGUUCUGGGAAACGUUGCCGACAGUUCUAGAAACAUUCAUGUUUGAACCACCGGUAGGGGGAAGCCGCCACGCCCGCGAAUUAGUAUCGUUAGUACGCGAUGAAGUAUUACGCGCGUCGCCGCGAGUUCCCGCCGCGCACGUGAGAAGUGUACUGGCGUUACUGCGGCGAGGCGGUGCUCACGCGCAGCCCGCACUACCCACGCAAAACGAACAAGAACUACGCGAGAGAGAAGAAUUUGCUCGGACGUGCUUCGAGACUCUUCUACAGUUCUCUAUGUUAGAGGACAUCGACUCGCUCACCGAAUUAGAAAGUGACACAGACCCCCUAGCGAUAGUGGCGUUGCUGGAUAGGUUCCAAGAGGUAAUAUCGAGGUAUACCACGGACGAGGAUAAUCCAGAACCACUGCCAAGGCACCAGUUAUCAGAAAUAUCGUUCGUGUUGAAAGCGAUAGCGACGCUAACGGAAUCAAUGAAGAAAGCACCGCCUGGCAAAGUAGACGCGCUGGCGUGGCAAAAACUCAUAGGUUUAUACCCAGAAUUAGUCCAACUAGCAGCCUCUCCCCGGGCGAUAGGCGCCGGGCCCGCGCUGCGGAGCGCCCUGCUGCAGUUCGGAGCCCUACUGGGGGCGCCGCUCUAG